GAAUCAAUCAACCAAUCUAUCAAUCAAUCUAUCUAUCCACUUUUUUCAAUAUCCUCAAAUCUCAUUCAUCGUUCGAGAUCAUUUUAAUCCUUACACACACACACACACACACACACACACACACACACAUACGGAGUACAUAUACACAUGCAGAGUACAUGCUCCGUACAUAUCUAAACCAUAAACUAAUCCCAAUUGAUUACACGAUCCCUUGUCUUCGUCCACCUUGUUCCGUCUGCCCUGUCAAGUUAUUGUAACAUACAUUUAUUAUACAUACCGUUGUUUUUACAUACCUCCGUGCCUCAUCGGUCUCACUAUACCAUUCUCUCGGGUCCUCUUUUUCAGAUCGGAUCGUUUAGAAAGAGAAGGUUGUUGAAAUACAACAUGUCGUAUGGCACCUCCUACAACAAUACCAACACGAGCAUGUAGUUCGAAUUGGACCUCGAAAUCUUUCAAAACUCUCAACCCUCUCAAAUCUACCUUCACCCUUUUGGACAACCAGCAAUCUUUUCAUGACCAAGGAUAAAGGUCGGCAGUUGUUGUCUUCGCAUCACAAAUUCCAACAUGUCAUCAAUUCAUUCAAAUAUUGACCAACUUGACUCCCAUCAAAAAUCCGUCCUUUGUCUGGAGGAGUCAAAUUCGACGUCUCCAACCCCAGAAAUCAAGCUUGAUCAACAUGGAUUACCAUUAGUACCCCAGCCCAGUCGCUUCAAAGAUGAUCCAUUGAAUUGGCCAACAUGGCUUAAGUGGGCAGUCCUGAUUCAAGUUGGCUACAUGGCCUUUCUAGGACCUUACAAUGCAGCACUCGUUAAUCCAAGUUUGGUUCUCCUGAGUGAUGCGCUUGAUGUUAGUCCAAAAGUGGCUUCGUACAGCACAACUACGGCAAUCAUCAUGGGUGGUGUUUCACCAUUUAUUUAUGCGCCUUUGGCGAACAUCUAUGGUCGUAGACCUAUCACAUUGUGUGCAAUAGUUUUAACUAUUAUUGGAGGAGUGACAUCGGCCAGUUCAAACACUUUGGCACAACUUGUGGGUACACGUGCUCUUUGUGGCUUUGGGUUCGGUGGAAUGAUGUCGGUGGGUACCGCUUGUGUAAAUGAUAUGUUUUUUCUCCAUCAGAGAGGCGAAGCUACUGGUGUAUACUCCCUCUUUGUUACAAACGGUGCUCAUGUGGCUGCAAUUAUUGGUGGUUUCCUUGGAUCAUCCCUAGGCUGGCAAUGGGAUUACUGGAUUGGAGCCAUCAGCACCUCCGUUUCACUACUUCUCGCCAUUUUUCUUUUCCCCGAAACUCUUUUCUCUCGCGAUCCAUCCUAUCUCUCCACACGUACCAAAACCCGCACGUACUAUGAACUUCUCUUUGAUUUUCGCGGGAAUUGUCUCCCUAAUCGCUCACUCCAAUUUUCCCACUUCUUAGAAUCAUUCUACAUGCUCCGUUACCCUUCCAUUCUGUUUCCAUUCUGGUACUACACGUGGGGAUGGACUUUCAUCAACGUCAUGCCUGCCAUCUCUCUCGCCGCCAUCUACACCGAAUUGUACAACCUGAAGUCUGGUCCAAUAGGUGCCUGUCUGGGUGUCUCACUUAUGAUUGGUAGCUUAUUGGGAGAAUUCAGCGCUGGAAAAGCGAGUGAUUAUGUCAUGUAUCGGAUGGCGAAGAAAAAUGGAGACAUAAGGAAGCCGGAAUAUAGACUCUAUCUUUGCUGUUUAUCAGCGGUGUUUAUGCCGAUGGGAUUGAUUGUUUUUGGGGCUACAGUGGGAAAAACUCAUUAUACUAUCCCGCUUAUUGGACUCGGUCUUGGUGUCUUCGGUCUUCAAAUCGCUUCCACAACCCUAUAUGCCUACGUCUCUGACUGUUAUAAGCCACAAACUCCUGAAACAGGCGUUCUCUUCAAUCUCUCCCGCGGUCUCUCAUUCGUCGUCGGAUAUUUCGCACUACCAUUUGCAGAUGAAGUAGGGUUUACAUGGGCGUGGUUUACAUUUGCAGUUGUGUUAUUUAUGUUCUUUAUACCAGUUGGGUCAUUGAUUUGGAAGGGAGAGCAGUGGAGGAUGCAAGGGGGAAAGCCAGGGUUCCAUGGAUGGCUGUAGGGGGCUGGAAGAGGAGGGCAUUUGAAAGGGUUUGAGUUCAUGGAAUAUGGACGGCAAGUGAGGCUGGGGUUUGAAAUUCUGCGAGAUGAUACCAGCGUGGGGUGGAGUUUGGAAUGGGGUUACGUUAUGUUAUGGUAUUGUAUGAUUCUCAGUACGGUAUAAGGUGGAGAGGUCGCUUGUUGCUAAUGCUAUACUUUGUCGUUUGUAAUGUAAUGUAUUAUACUAUUCAAUAAAAUCAUUCAAAUACUA